CUUGACAAUUGAGUGACAUUCUGCCACAAUCUGCCAUCUACUUUACUCAGUCUAAAUAGUCUAAAUCGUGAUAUUAGCACCAAAACUUGUCUACUGUCAAUCGUUGGUGAAAUACAAGGUUUCUUACGUUGUGCGAAAGUGUUUAAAAGGUGACAAUACUUCAUAAUUCGUUUGUACGAAAAUGGCCGAUCCGAAAUAUGCCGAUUUACCUGGCAUUGCAUAUGAUCAAGUGGAUGUAUAUGAAACAACUGAUUUGCCAGAAUCGGAACAGUUUCAACUGUACCCUGAGGAUGAGACUGAUGCCAUAGAAAAAUUACAUAUUAGUGCUACAGAAGCAUUUAAUAAAUUUAAAGGUAAACAUAUUCUUAGCAAGGGAGUCGAUUUUUCAGAUUCUGUAUCACUCAGACCAAGAACAGGCUAUAAAUUUGGAGAUUGGGAACUUCCUGGUGAAGGAGAACAUGAAACACCAAUUCAAAAGUACCAACGAUUGCAGUGUGAAAUUAAAGAAUUAUAUGAAGAAGUGAAUGAUUUAAAGCAAAAAGCAAAGGAUGAAUCAGAAGUCAAAUCUGUUGCUGACAUAAUUUCUCAAGUACAAGAUUUAGGGAAACAAUUAGAUUGCUUAAAGUUGGAAGAAUGUCUUGGUCCUGAUCUAAUUGCAGUUCUAUCAGAUCCACAAGGCACGAGAUUGAAACAAUUAAUAUCCCAAAUAGAAGCGUUUAAGCAGACUAGUACUCUUACCUCUGAAUCUGACUCAAAGGAACAGAGUACAAAUGCCGAAAAAACAGCCGAAUCUAAUGUACUAAAAUAUCAGAUGAUGUACCUUCCAGAAAAAGCAAGAAUGCAAGAAGCAGCAAGAAUUGCUCUACUUGAACAAAGACUAUGCAAUUUAGAAAGUGUAAUUGGAACUACUACUGAUAAACUCUCGAAAUUUUCACAGAACCUCAAAUAUCAAGGAGUAAUGGAAGCUGUUCAAGAAUUAGGAGCAAAAUCUGCAUUACUAGAUACGUAUCAACUGGAUAUUAUUGAAAAUCGAUUAGCUUCUCUAAUCCAUAGAAUGGAUAAUAUAGCACAGAAAAAGACUGCAUUAGCUCUGGAUUCAGAGCAGGAACAAAAGAUUUCAGAAAUGUACGAAAUUAUGAAACAGACUGAAACUAUGUCACAGAUUUUACCACAAACUGUAAAUCGAAUGUUGGCUUUGAAUACAAUUCAUCAGCAAGCUGCUGAAUUUAAUAAAUCUCUAACACGUUUAAAAGAAUUACAAUUACAAAUCACAUCUGAUUUGGACAGCAACAAGUCUCUUUUAAAAGGAGUACAAGAAAGCUUCGCAUCGAACUUAGAAAUUAUAAAAAAUAAUAUAGAAUCACUGGAUGAGCGUAUUAAAGAACUUAGAAAGUGA